AGACACGGAUUGCCAAAAAGAGAAUGCCACACAUGAGCAGCAAGCUAAAUGAAGCUUUAUCCAAGUCUUUUCUGCACUAAAUAUUCAGAUAUUCACAGCAGCUGAUAUUACUACUAAAGGAUUUCCCCAUCUAAGUUUUAUGACUAUGUAUCCUCUUCUAAUGAAAGCAAAUCAAAUUAAAUAGCAGAUGGUUUUUAUCAAAAGAACAUGGACUGGAUUUAGAAUAUAAAGCAAGUUAUGUGAUCAAGAAAUCAUUUCAAAAUAAUGAGGACUGCUAUAGAAACAGAUUCACAUUUAUAACAAAAGGAUGUCUAAAUACAUUUUAGAAGCUAGAAACCGUAUGUUUCCUUUUUUGUUUUCACAUAUUCUGGAAAAUAAAGAGACACUAUCACAUAUUCCCUCAAAGGGAAAUAUAAUUCCUACCAUUUGAGGAAAUUUCUCUUGGUCGUGACUUUCUAAGGCAAAACAAAUACAAAUGUUUGUACUGGUCUUUAGAAAUCCAUCAGCCAACUAAAUGUCACAAUUCAUGCAGUUUGAAGUAUUGGAGAGAAAAUGAAAGAAUUUCUACAAGACAUGAAAUAAAACACAGCUACUUCACUGUUGUCAGGGAAAACACCAACUGCUCCAAAAGAAUGUGUUUUUCUCCCGUUCUGGAAAUCAACAUGCAGUCUGAAUCUAACAUUACAGUGCGAGAUGACACUGAUGACAUCAACACCAAUAUGUACCAACCACUUUCCUAUCCAUUAAGCUUUCAAGUGUCUCUCACCGGAUUUCUUAUGUUAGAAAUUGUGUUGGGACUUGGCAGCAACCUCACCGUGUUGGUCCUUUACUGCAUGAAAUCCAACUUAAUCAACUCGGUCAGUAACAUUAUUACAAUGAAUCUUCAUGUACUUGAUGUCAUCAUUUGUGUGGGAUGUAUCCCUCUAACUAUAGUCAUCCUUCUGCUUUCACUGGAGAGUAACACUGCUCUCAUCUGCUGUUUCCAUGAGGCCUGCGUAUCUUUUGCAAGUGUCUCAACAGCAAUCAACGUUUUUGCUAUCACUCUGGACAGGUAUGACAUCUCUGUAAAACCUGCAAACCGGAUUCUGACAAUGGGCAGAGCUGCAAUGCUGAUGAUAUCCAUUUGGAUUUUUUCAUUUUUCUCUUUCCUGAUUCCCUUUAUUGAGGUAAAUUUUUUCAGUCUUCAAAGUGGAAAUACGUGGGAAAACAAGACACUUUUGUGUGUCAGUACAAAUGAAUACUACACUGAACUGGGAAUGUAUUAUCACCUGCUAGUACAGAUCCCAAUAUUCUUUUUCACUGUCAUAGUGAUGUUAAUCACAUACACCAAAAUCCUUCAGGCUCUUAACAUUCGAAUAGGCACAAGAUUUUCAACAGGGCAGAAGAAGAAAGCAAGAAAGAAAAAGACAAUUUCUCUAACCACGCAACAUGAGACUACAGACAUGUCACAAAGCAGUGGUGGGAGAAACAUAGUCUUUGGUGUAAGAACUUCGGUCUCUGUAAUAAUUGCCCUCCGGCGAGCUGUGAAACGACACCGCGAACGACGAGAAAGGCAAAAAAGAGUCUUCAGGAUGUCUUUAUUGAUUAUUUCUACAUUUCUUCUCUGCUGGACACCAAUUUCUGUCUUAAAUACCACCAUUUUAUGUUUAGGCCCAAGUGACCUUUUAGUAAAAUUAAGGUUAUGUUUUCUAGUCAUGGCUUAUGGAACAACUAUAUUCCACCCAUUAUUAUAUGCAUUCACUAGACAAAAAUUUCAAAAGGUCUUGAAAAGUAAAAUGAAAAAGAGAGUUGUUUCCAUAGUGGAAGCUGAUCCUAUGCCUAACAAUGCUGUAAUACACAAUUCUUGGAUAGAUCCUAAGAGAAACAAAAAACUUACCUUUGAAGAUAGUGAAAUAAGAGAAAAAUGUUUAGUACCUCAGGUUGUCACAGACUAGGGAAAUAUCUAAGUUUCACUAAGCCCACAUUCAGAAGUUUUAAAUUUAAAUUGUAAAAAAAUGAAAUUACUGCCAAAUAUAAGAAAAAAAACAUUUUAAGUAUUGGUUAUGUUGUAAAUUUUCAAUGUAAAUGUCAAUAUUAGAUUAGGUCAUAUAUAUUCAAUUUCUUCAUUACAAUGUAUUUGUUGCAUGGCAGUUUGUUAAAGUAAUAUCAUGUGUAUAUUUUGUCAAUAUUAUGUCCAUCAGAAGAUAUUCAUGUAAGUCAUAUUUUCUAAAUAAUAAAUACAUAGCCUUAAAACAGUGUAUAACUUUAAAACGUAA